AGAGAAAACAUCACCUCUUUACAAGAAUGAAGUCCACCAGAACAUUCAUCACUUGCUUUGUAGUCUGCUCCAUGCUUCUACUUGCAUUUUCUAACAUCUUCAGUCGCCAUCCCUCGGACCUUGAUCCACCUAAUGUUACUACCACCGGUAAUCAUGAAAAUCCAAGGGAUACACUCCAAGGAGGGCUUCUUGCUAAAUCAUUUGAUCAAAAAUCUUGUCUAAGUAGGUACCAGUCUUCGUUAUAUCGGAAACCUUCACCAUACAAGCCUUCUAUAGCCCUCAUCUCCAAGCUUAGAAGCUACGAGAAGCUUCACAAGCGUUGCGCUCCAGGCACAGAAUCUUACAAGAGGGCAACAGAGAACCUCCACAAACUUUCACACGGCUCCGGUGAGCAAUGCCAAUACAUUGUGUGGGUUCCAUUGUCUGGACUCGGAAACAGAAUACUCUCUCUGGUCUCCGUCUUUCUCUAUGCUCUCUUGACGGAGAGAGUCAUCCUUGUCGACCAACGGAACGAUAUAAACGAUCUCUUCUGCGAGCCGUUUCCGGAUGCUUCCUGGUUACUCCCUCUCGAGUUUCCAUUGACAAAUCAGAUAGACAGGUUUAACUGGCGGUCACCACGUUCUUUCGGUAACAUGUUGAAGCAUCAUCGUUUGAUUAAUAACUCCUCAAUAAAAAGCUUCCAAACAUCAUAUCUUUACCUCCACCUUGUUCACAACUACGGGGAGUACGACCAGAUGUUUUUCUGCCAAGGAGAUCAAUCGCUGAUCCGCAAAGUCCCUUGGCUGAUCGUUAAAUCAGACAACUACUUCGUCCCGUCUCUAUGGUCUCUCCCUAGCUUCCAGUCUGAGCUAACCAAGCUGUUCCCAAAGAAAGACACCGUCUUCCACCAUUUAGGACGGUACCUUAUCCACCCGACAAACCAAGUUUGGGGUUUGGUCACCAGAUUCUACAAUGCUUACUUGUCAAGAGCAGACGAGAGGCUCGGGAUUCAGAUACGGGUUUUCCAUCACGCAGGGUUUCUCCAGCUCGUACUCGACCAGGUCGUAUCAUGCACACAAAGAGAGAAACUAUUACCCGAAGCACAAGAAGAAGAAGUCAAUAUAUCGAAAAAAACCACCCCGAAACUUAGAGCGGUGCUAGUCACGUCUCUGAACCCAGAGUACUCUAACAACCUGAAGAGAGUGUACUGGGAGCGCGUGAGUUCCACAGGAGACGUGAUCGUCGGAGUUUAUCAGGCAAGCCAAGAAAUGCACCAGCAAAGAAACAAGAAGCUUCACAACCAAAAGGCCCUCGCGGAGAUGUAUCUACUUAGCUUGGCUGAUAACAUUGUCACGAGCGCGUGGUCUACGUUUGGAUACGUUGCUCAGGGUCUAGGAGGAAUGAAGCCGUGGAUACUGUACAAGCCAGAGAACUACACGGUUCCUGAUCCACCAUGCGGUCGUGCCACGUCGAUGGAGCCUUGUUUCCAUUCUCCUCCGUUGUAUGGUUGUGAAGCCGACACAGGAGGAACUGAUGAUUCCCUUAAAAUAGCUUCGCCUUUCGUUAGGCGUUGUGAAGAUCGCGUUUCUGGGAUUAAGCUAUUUGAUCACCCACAAGAGUUAUAGACUUAAAUGAGUUUUUUUUUUUAAUAUAUAUUUAUAUAGUUUCCUUUCUUCCAUUAACUAAAGUGUAAAAGCGAAAACAUUACUCUUUAACCUUUUGAAAUC